GUACAAGUCUGGGCGCAGCGACACCAAGCAGGAGUCGCGCUCCGUCUGCUACAGCCUGCUCCGACAAGAUCUGCCGCUGGAACCACGUCGGGUGGCAGGGCGCCCUGCUGUCGCGGCUCCUGCCGAAGCCCGUCGCCAUGGCCUCCAUCGUUGUCGGGGGCCCGCUCUUCGACGAGCCCUUCGUCCGCGAGGCGCUCUACUGCCGCGCUGGCGCCGCUGCAACUGGGCUGGGGUGCCCCGACUUCCGGCACACCCUGGUGCCGUUCCAUUGGUCGCGGGAGGCUAUGGAGGCGUCCGGGGCCGGCCUGAAGCCCAACGGCACCAAGGUGUCCACCGUGGGCCUCAGCGUCGCGUGGAGCCCAGCCGUCGGGGGCGGCGGCGCGCACGAGCGGUCCAUCUCUCGGAGCGUGGGCGGCUUCUUCGACGUGCUGAUGGGCCACACCGGCGAGCGGCAGGGCCUGCGGUGCGACCGGCAGGGGAAGAAGGCCAGCCUCGGCGGCGGGACCAGCGGCAAGGGCCCGCAGGCCGGCGCGCCCCAGCAGUUGGACAGCUGGGUCUCCCCCCUCUGCAAGUGCCUCAUGGCCAAGGACCUGCUCCGCGCCCUCCCGCGCCUAAACGGCGCACAGCUACCCGCGGCCGGCGGGCCCGAGCGCGGCGGCCCUGCCGCCGACGCCCCAGAGCCGGAGCUCCGCGGCGGCGCCACGCCCGCCCCGCCGCCUGCGC